CUCGAGCCCCGCGUCCCGCUCCCAUGGCCGCCCCCGGCUCCCCGCGCUGCCCCCUCUCCCCCGGGCCGCGCCCCGGGGCCCCGCACUGACGGCCCAUGGCGCCGCCCGCCGCCCGCCUCGCCCUGCUCUCCGCCGCCGCGCUCACGCUGGCGGCCCGGCCCGCGCCCAGCCCUGGCCUCGGCCCCGGACCCGAAUGUUUCACAGCCAAUGGUGCAGAUUAUAGGGGAACGCAGAACUGGACGGCACUACAAGGCGGGAAGCCAUGUCUGUUCUGGAACGAGACUUUCCAGCAUCCAUACAACACUCUGAAAUACCCCAACGGGGAGGGGGGCCUGGGCGAGCAUAACUAUUGCAGAAACCCCGAUGGAGAUGUGAGCCCCUGGUGUUACGUGGCAGAGCAUGAAGACGGUGUCUACUGGAAGUACUGCGAGAUCCCUGCGUGCCAGAUGCCUGGAAACCUUGGCUGCUACAAGGAUCAUGGAAACCCACCUCCUCUAACUGGCGCCAGUAAAACGUCUAACACACUUACCAUACAAACCUGCAUCAGUUUUUGUCGGAGUCAGAGGUUCAAGUUCGCUGGGAUGGAAUCAGGCUACGCUUGCUUCUGUGGAAACAAUGCUGAUUACUGGAAGUACGGGGAGGCAGCCAGUACCGAGUGCAACAGCGUCUGCUUCGGGGAUCUCACCCAGCCCUGUGGUGGGGAUGGCAGGAUCAUCCUCUUUGACACUCUCAUUGGCGCCUGCGGUGGGAAUUAUUCUGCCAUGACUUCUGUGGUCUAUUCCCCUGACUUUCCUGACACCUACGCCACAGGGAGGGUCUGCUAUUGGACCAUUCGGGUUCCGGGAGCCUCCCACAUCCACUUCAACUUCACCUUGUUUGACAUCAGGGAUUCCGCAGACAUGGUGGAGCUGCUGGAUGGCUAUACCCACCACGUCCUCGUCCGUUUCAAUGGAAGGAACCACCCACCUUUGUCCUUUAACGUCUCUCUGGAUUUUGUCAUUCUGUAUUUCUUCUCUGAUCGCAUCAACCAGGCCCAGGGAUUUGCUGUCUUAUACCAAGCCGUCAAGGAAGAACCACCACAGGAGAGGCCCACUGCCAACCAGACACUGGCUGAGGUGAUCACGGAGCAGGCCAACCUCAGCGUCAGCGCUGCCCGGUCCUCCAAAGUCCUCUACGUCAUCACCACCAGCCCCAGUCAUCCACCCCAGACCGUCCCAGGAUGGACAGUGUAUGGCCUCGCAACUCUCCUCAUCCUCACAGUUACGGCCAUUGUAGCAAAGAUCCUUCUGCACGUUACAUUCAAAUCCCAUCGUGUUCCUGCUUCAAGGGACCUUAGGGAUUGUCGUCAACCAGGGCCGUCAGGGGAAAUCUGGAGCAUUUUUUAUGAGCCUUCUACUUCAAUUUCCAUCUUUAAGAAGAAGCUCAAGGGUCAGAGUCAACAAGAUGACCGUAAUCCUCUUGUGAGUGACUAAAAGUACCCCCUGUGCCCAGGACACGAGGUCCCUCUGAGCUCCAGGCCAACAGGGGACCACCUCUCCCGUGGUUUCCUCUGACCAGCUCUUCCCUGCCUCUCCCUGGACCUCUUCGGGGCACUCACCCAUGGACUGGGAAUGGGUGCCCUGCUGCAGGGGCAGGCGUCGCCUGGAUUCGUCCUGCUCCAUCAGCUGCACUUAGGAGAGACUACGGUCCCCGGGUCCGGGCCGUCUUGCAUCUGUCUCUCUCUGUGAUCUAGGAACGGGGGUGUCAGGACAGUGAGGCUGAGACGAUAGAAAUGGUUGUGUCCCAGCACUGGGUUCAGGUACAUUCUAGACUGCCGGGUGGUGGGUAGGUGUAGUGUACAUUGAGUCUUACUUCCUUUUUCUCCGUUUUGUCUACACACAGAUCACAUUCUCCUGGCCUUUAUGGUUUGUAACAAGGCCAGACAGGGAUAAUUGAGGUUUUCUUGAGGGUUGGCUAGGUCCUGUACUCCUGGGCAUAGCACCCCAACGCCCUGAAGAGGGCCCAUGAUCUGUGCUGACUCUGGGGCUUUGCUCUCGGCACUGGAUGAGGAUGGGCCUCCUCCAACCUGGGAGGGGCCCUGAGAAUUGGGUCUGGUGACCCCCAUUAAUGUCAAACCUUCCACGUACAGGCUUCUUUCCAUAUGGCUUCUUUCCAUUGGUAACCAGCAGGGCGAGCUUGAGGAGUGGUCAUAUAAAAUAUCCAUUCAUUUCUUUCCACAACAGACUUUACUGACAGCUUUCAUAGGUGUUGGAUUGGAUUUGUCCGGUCUUGCCCCCGAGCAGCCUGUGGUGCUGUGAGCCAGGCCCUCAUCUCUCCAUGAUUCUCUAAGCUGACUCAGUUCAGAACAUAGUUUAACAUUUAGGCAGCGUGAUGUGAGACGGGGUGCCAGCAGUCCUUCCUUUAGGUGUCCCUCAUUUUCAGAGAAGAACCCCAUAGCCCGUGUUCUCUGCGGCUCUCUCUGCCCCUUCUUACGGGGACAAAGUGGAGUGUGGAAUGGCUUGGGAGAGAAGGGGAGGGCUCUCGUCCCUGAUCCUACACUACCCUGCCCCUCAGGUGGGGAGGCAAAUCGCAGAGAUGGGUGAGAAGUGGGGGGCUUGGGGGAGGUUGAGAAGUGGAGACCUUCAGAGGACAGGCCUCCAAAGAGUGAGAGCUGCAAGCACAGUGUUCACUGCUGUGCGAGUCAGUGCCGCCUGCAGUUGGAAUCCUACCCCACCUCCCACCCCCCACCCCUGCAUCCAAAAGCAGGCUUUGCCAGCAGCAGCUGAGAAGAGCAGCCUGAGCCUCCGAAGGCCAGGCCUCGGCCUUUGUCAGAACAUGACUCCCCCAAAGGCACUCAGUUCUGGCCUUGAUGUGCCUCUGGCCUCACAGGUUCCCUCUUUGGAGCACUUUGCCUCCCUCCCCCAAGUCCCUAAGCCACUGCCUUCCAUGGCCCUUCCUGGGGUUCUGGCAGCCCAUCUGCAACUGGUCACUCCCAAAAGGACAGAGGGCCAUGUGGGGCCAGCUAGGAGGUGUCUGCAGGGAGAGGUGACACUCAGCAACCAGGAGAGGUGCUAGGAGCUGGCAGGCAGAGGGGCAUUCGGAGGAGGGACGUGGGGCAGGGUGUCCAGGCAGCGCUGGCCCAGGCACCAUGGGAGGCCUGCCACAGCCAUAGAGCUGCUUGGGGUCGUCUUCACUUUUUGAUCUGGAAAGGGUGAUCACCCUAAAGCAGCUGUCCACAGGCCCCUGGGUCUGGAGACAGGUCUGUCCCAUACAAGGGCCACUGGGAAUAUACUGACAUGUGCAGUCUCCCCUUCAAGCUAUUCCUGGCUUUUGUGGAAUCUCCUUUCAAACACAAGUGUCAGGUGUGUACAGUCACAAAGGGCCUUGUGCUGUGAAUAGAUCCAUUCACAGCACAAAGGGAAUGUGGGAUUUGGCAAAGGGUUCCCCGAGCCGGGGGGCAGUUGUUCAGCUGCCUAGGACUUACUCUGGUCGCUGGCCUGUGGGGCAUCCUGUGGGCCCACCUGCCUGCCCUGCUCACCUCACACCUGUGGUCACAGGGGCCAAGCCCCGAGCCAGUGCUGAGCCUGCAGCGGGAUCCGCCCUUUCUCUUUGCAGAGCCUGGAAGGGCUGGUGACGCCACAGUGCUCUCCUUACUGGUCCUGGAACAGCCCAGUGCUGCCAGGAUCGACUUCCUGUCCAGGGAGGGACCGCAGGAAACCCAGACCAGCCUCAGGAGAGCGUGGGCAGAGAUGGUCAUAAAUUGUCCUGGGCCAAACCUCCGUAAGCUCUGUGGCCACAGUCUGGCCAUGGCCUUGGCUGGAACUUGUCAGCAACACUCCACGGAGGGUCCCCUGUGGCUAAGUAAACACCUGAGAAAUCAGUUGGCCCAGAAGAGGUGAAGUGCGCUUCCAGGGGCAUCGGAGGCGGAAGCACUUGAUCUUUUAAGAAACUACUUUAGAGGAAAGUGAGGGUUGGAGGAGAUUGGAAAGGGUCACCCCAAGAAAAGUACAUUACGGUCAGACAGCAGAAGAUUGUGGAAGAGGAAUGGGGAAGGGCUCUGGGGGCCACUAUGGACGGCCGCUCUGAAAGCAUCCUGUCCAGAGCCUCUGCCCUGAGGUGGCAGAGUGGAGAAGGCUGCAAGUGGGUGCUCAGGACUUGUGUGCCCAUCUCAUCCCGUUCACCACUGGUACCCAGGUCCUGCCGUGUCAGCGUAUGUCCCAACAGGACGGAGGGCCCUGGUCGCUUCCCAUGGUGAGUGCACUUUCUCUUAGAUGUGCUUCUCAGUGUCCUUGGCCCCUCCAGAAGGCACUCGGUGCCCUGUGUUUUUCCCCACGUGUCAUUGCUUAGAGAGCAAAGAAAGAGAAGGAAUGAACCCAGGGUACCUUCCCCCACCUACCCUUCCUUGUCAGAACAGGGCUGAGGCCUCUCUCGGGGUGUAAGCGAGGUAACCUGCUUGCGGUAACUUCUGAAGUGUGGGCUCUGUCUCAAGACUCCAGUCAGCCAGAAAGCCACAAAGAUCAAAGCACUAGUGAGUACAGCUGUCCUGGACCUCAGGCCAAACCUGUGGGGCACAGCCCCACCCACACGCCCCAUUGUCAGCCCCAGGCAGGAGUCAGCCUGACCUGGCUGAGGGUCUGGCCAGGCCGUCCCGACACCAGCAGGCCACACAGGCCGUCGCCAAGCCUCUGUGCGUCCUGGGCACUUAAUCUCAUAAGCACUUAGUGGAUGGCCUCAGAGACCCGUCUCCCCUGCCUGGUAAGGCCACCCCAGGUCUCCCACAGAGCCCGGCCAGCUCCCCACUCCACAGCCUAGUUACCUGGCACCCUCUUGGGUUUCAAGUCUCCUAUUUGGUGUUUGAUGUCUGCUUCUGUUACUACCUUGGGAGUUUUUAACCUUUGGAUUGUUUCCUCUGGUGUCUUUGUUUACUUUCCUCACUCUUCUACCUCCUGGCCAGGUCUCUCAGCUUCGCUGCCCUGGCAUGGGGUGUUUUUCAAACCUUCCAGCCGCAGCUGCCUCCCCUCAGGCUGGCCGGCUCGGGUGACAGGUGACGGGGCCUCACCCUCUGCCUACAGACCCCAGGGGGGCGCCCAUCUCACAGGUUUCUGUCUUGCCGGGUCAAACAUACUCAACAAGACAGAAGUGGGUGUGGCCGAAAGUCCGAGGCAAAUCUCCUGCUUCAGGAAGGAUGUGUCUUCAAGGAGCACGGAGUGGGGACUGCCUGGCGGGGUUCACGCAGCACCCAGACCUGCCCACAUCCAGACUCACCUUCCCCAGGGGAUCCUGACUUUGGAUGACAAGGCUUUAUUUGUACAUAUGCUCUUAAUAUGCAACUUUGAGAAUAAAAUAGAAACAUCAUGUAUUUUAAAAUAUAAGAUGAAGUGUGACGCACUGUAUACAAUUUAAUAUAUAUUUUUAGGAUUUUGUUAUUUAAGGAAAUGGAAUGUAAUGGUACUUAACUUUUACAAAAGAGAGAAGAAUGUUAUUUUUACUGCCUGGAGAAAAUAAAUAUUCUCAUUGUUGUAGAAACA